AUGUCCCCUACCUGCUUCCCGCCUUCAACAGGUUGUCCCUCUGACAGUUAUUCACCUUCUACUUAUGGUUCCGAACCUUCUCCCUAUUAUUCUUAUGGUGAAUAUCAACCUCCAGAAGUUUAUUCCUAUCCUUCCUCUCCUUAUGGAUCUCCCCAACAACCUUACUAUCACGCUUCUAAAUCCCGUACAAUGCCUUCUGUGGCUGAAGACUCUCCUGCUAAAGAAUUGAAAAGCAGUCCAAGUCUGGAUUCUUGUAUUAGACGAUAUCCAGAUACUCGACUUGUCUGCGCUUUACCUUUCGAAAGGAGAACACCAACAAAUGAGAAGGAAUGUAAAAAGAAUUGUCUCAAUGUCGGGCCUCGUUGCCGUAGCUUUCAGUAUGACCCGGCUGGCAACGUCUGCGAUCUGUUUGAGCAUUCCCUCGCUCCAUCAACCUCUUCCGGACAAACAACACUGCAACCUCCACCAUCCUCACCCUCUGAUCCGUUUGCAGCUUUGGAUGAUUGGGAUAACAAAAAAUCUAAAAAACAUUCUUUAACCGUAAAAAUGCUCUCUGCAACAAAGUCAAAAAUUUCAAGGGGACGGGAGAAGAGGUUUUCGCUUCACAAUGGAGUUCCUUUGGAUGAACAUAGUCAAUCAUUAGCUUAUGGAGCGAAUUUAGAUGAACGGAAUUCUGGUUUGAUGGCACCUAUUGGCGGAGGAAAUGACCUUUCUUCAUCCACUUCUCAUUGUGUUCCGAUACUUGAAAGAAAGGUAGGAGUUGUUUUUACUGGGCUAGAACCAGGCUGUGAAUCUGUCGGUUUGGAUGAAGGAGAAUAUGAAGGAGAAGAGGAACUAGGAGAACAAAAAGACGGUUAUGAACAACAAUUAUUGGAAGAUUUAGAAGAUUUAAAACCCAAAGCAAGUCCACCUCCAUUAACCACAAAAGCAGCAACAAAUCUUCAAAAACAAGAGCUUGAGCCGAUGACUACAAUUUCUGUUGGCAAAAGUAGAAAAGAACAGACUACAACAGAUAAAUCGAAAAAUCGAGGAGAUAUUCAAGAGGACGUUGAUGCUUCCUUGACAAAAACAAAGGAUUGUCAAGAAGGACAUAAAGCUUAUAUUCAGUUAAUCGACGGUAUUUCACUAAUCGGUCAAUUACCUCUUCUUCUAGCAGUACAAUUAGAAUCUGCUGAUGUUUGUCUUCAAGUCUGCCGUCAAAAUAAAAAUUUGGACGGCUUUGUUUUACCAAAUUCUUGUCGUUCGGCCACUUUUCAUAGACAAUCUGGCCGUUGUGAAUUGUUAAAUGAUUCAAUUUCGCCUAAUGGUCCUCUUCAGUAUAUCCCAAAUCCCGAUUCUCUUUACUUUGAAAAACUUUGUAUUCCAAGUAAAAUUUUAAGUUUAAAAAUAAUUGUAAGGUUUCUUGUAGAAUCAGACUUAAUUUCUAAUUGUGAGGAUGUUAUACAUAGAAUUCCCCAGCAUUAUCUGGACUCUAGAAAGAAACAGAGUGACGGGGCUGCAGUUAAUGCUCAAAACCAGUUAGAAUGUAUCAGGCAAUGUAUUGGGGCUAAGGUAGGUUUUAUAAAUUUUAAAGGUGUGCUGAUAUAUCAGGACGGACAUAUCGGGAUUGGUGUGACAAAAAUAAUUUCUUCCGUGUUUACAUUUGUUCUAAAACAUAAAACUCUAUUCUUCAAUAGGACAAUAUACUAUCCAAGACCCAGUGACCGUAGGUCCCGAAAGCAGUAA